GUUACUUAGGAAUAACUGUCUUCCUUAUUUCAAGGUCUGGCUAGUAGUCCCUCAAAUAUCAUAUAUCAGGUCCAGUGGCCGCUGCGCCGCCUUGAUAGCGCUUUGAUCAAAUACACAUCGACCACGCGACUCGGCAUGCGUUGCAUGCAUGGGUUGAUUAGGCUAUUCGACCUCAGACUCUUGUUGCACAUCAGUUUGGUAAAUUACCCUCUCAGCAUACACCUCGCCUCCAUACACUUGCGCGAUGUCGAGCAACCAGGCGCGGAUUAACGCUCUGCUGAGGAAGUCGCUUAUCGGGGAACUUCUUGACACCCAAUUCAACCUUUUCUCCGCUCGAUCAAAGCGUGAGGGCAACGUUACCAAGCUUCAGUCACUGUUUGCCAACGACGAAGCCCUCGCCGUGAGCUCGGAGUACUUUACUAGCUUACUUUCCGAAAAAACGCUCAGUGAUCCUGCCUUGGUCGAACUGCAAGACUAUCACGCCUGUGAGGAAGGGAUAUCUCUCGAUGAAUAUGGAUAUGCGUCCGAUAGUGACCUCGAGGAAGAAGAGAAUGAAACCAACGAAAUGGUGCCAGAUGAUGAAAUGCUCGAACUUUGUGCAGCGGAGCGAACGCCUCUAACGGCGUCAAUCAAGAAUUAUGCUCCCAAAGGGGUGCAACGUACUAUUCCGAGCCGCAUAUUACUGGUAACGGAUACUGCAUUCAACACGUGGGAGGCUUUAUUGUACUAUCUUUACACCGAUGAGAUCGUGUUUGCACCUUUGCGAUCACAAGCAAGUAAGAUAGCGAAACAUCGGAGCCUUGAUGAGCCCCCACCAUGCUCGCCGAAGUCUAUGUAUCGCCUGGCAUGCAAAAUAAAGCAGGAAAAAUUACAGGACAAAGCGCUUGCUGCGAUACGAUCUAGACUGACUGAGAACAAUAUCCUGCAAGAACUCUCUUCUUCUCUGACACCCAGGUUUCCUGCCAUUCUUGAGAUGGAAGUCGAAAUUCUAUUCCAGCAUAUUUCUACUCCGACCGUCAUGAAAGACUUUCCGACACUUAUUCAAAGGAUCGCUAGCGCUGGCCUCCCGCAUGGGGCUGACAUCAUGACCAAACUUCACGAAAGAAUGCUAAGGCAACACUACCCUAGAAUUUCCUACCCUGCACCUGUAUCGCCCGAGGCUGGAUCUGAAUCUGCACCGCCCGAGGCUGGAUUUGAAUCUGCAUCGCCCGAGCCUGUGACGAGGUUCGCAUUCGCAAGCAAACCCGUCAGGAGCCGGUUUGGUAGUGCUGAGAGUAAAAUGGCAAGCAGAAAGAGGGAAUACUGAUCCUAAACAACUAGCCUUCUGUACAGUAGCAAUGUAUGAAUCAGAAUUGUGCGAAAUACUGUGAACUCUUGCAGCACAGUACUAAGGAACUUACUUUCCUCUGA